AUGAAUACAGCGUAUGAAAAUAGGCCUUUUAAACUUAUAUACGAUGAUUUCGGCCUAGCAAAUAUGAUUGUGAAAAGCGAGAAAGAUCUUAUAAUUGUCGGGGUUGUGGACCUUGAGUGGUGGCUUCUUUAUAACCGACCGGUUAAUGAAGAGUGGGAUUUUAAGGAUAGUAACCCUCCCGAAGCCACUAAACGGUAUUUUAACUGUCUUAAUAUUUUUUAA